AAUCUUUGCCUGCGUUAAUGAUGUGCAGAGUCAAUCUCCGAUCCGACUGAAUUUCCCCUAAACCACCUGUGCGUUGCCUCUCUCAGCCAUUUCAUCGAACGCCUGGUAGGGGGCACUGCAAAUAAUUUUUUCUCCACUGGAGGGCGGCGCCUCUCCCUCCUACGCCACAAAACAACCGCCACUUCAGUACACGUGGCAAAAACCCUGAAGCCUCAAGCACACGUGUCAACUAUCACUCCCGCCGCCUUCCCCUUCCAGGCUUCGUUAUCCAGCUUUCACGCAGGCUCACGUCCGGGCCUCUUAUCUGCUCAACAGGAUGCCAAAGAUGCACCCUCUAAAACCAUCUCUCCGGUUCCUCAAAUCCAUUUCCUGCAAUUACAGAGCCCUCCACUGCACGCCCACGAAGCUCUUCUCUGAUCACGGGACCACCCAUCUGGAGAAUUUGGGAUCCAUGGUUUCGCUGCUCAGGUCCAGAGCGGUGGUCCGGUUCAGCGGACCGGACACCCUGAAGUUUCUUCAGGGUUUGUUGACCAACGAUAUGCGGAGGUACGGUGAACCGCUGGGUGAGAAAGUCUCCACUUUGGUUACACCUUAUAUGGCCACUGUGUGCGCUCCGCCUAUGUACGCUGCUCUGCUUACGCCGCAGGGGAGGUUUCUGUAUGAUAUGUUCGUGUACAGGCCGCCAAAGCCUCAUGAGAAGCUUGAUAGUACCGGUUCUGGACCCGGGUCCCCGGAUGGAUUGUUUGAGUUGUUCAUGGAUGUCGAUGAUUCGGUGCUGGAUGAAUUCUUGGGGACCUUCAAGAAAUACCGGUUGAGGUCUAAGGUUGAAAUUGAGAACGUGGCCAAAGAGUUUUCAUGUUGGCAACGUUAUGGUGGAAACCUUUGUAAAAAGUCCUCUUCUAUAGAAGACCCAGAUGCUGCCACUGUUGGUUGGGGUGGUGCUGUUGAUAAGUCUGGCAUGUCAUCUUCUCAAGGAAACAGCGAUGGAUGGCAAUGGCUUAGAGAUCCCAGAUUGGAUUGUCUUGGUUUUAGAGGGAUUUUUCCAUCUAAUGCAUUGCCACCCUUGGUUGAAGCCGACAAAGAAACAUGUGAACAAAAUUACCUCCUAUGGAGAUUAGAGAAGGGAAUAGCAGAAGGCUCAACUGAAAUUCCAAAAGGUGAAGCAAUCCCGCUCGAAUACAAUCUUGCAGGUCUAAAUGCUAUAAGCUUUGACAAGGGGUGCUAUGUCGGCCAGGAGCUUGUUGCUCGUACACACCACAGGGGAAUCAUUCGCAAGCGCUUGCUUCCUUUAAGGUUUCUCGAUAAUGAUGGAAAAGAGGUGGAGCAGAAAGUUGCUCCUGGGUCUGAAGUGAUCAACACUGCAUCUGGCAAGAAAUCCGGGACCGUUACAACUGCACUUGGAUGUCGUGGGCUAGGUCUUUUACGGCUGGAGGAUGCUUUCAAGGCGACUGGCAUAUUGAGCAUACAAGGGGAGGAUGUCAAGGUUGAGACCAUCAGACCAGAGUGGUGGCCUUCUCAAUGGUUUCAAGAGCAUCAAGAGUACGGGGCAGCUGCUUAGAUUGCUGGAGACAGAACUAAUGCCGGCCCUUAUGGACUUGAUCAAUCCUGCGUUGUGGCCUUGGGCCAUCAGUUUUGGUAUCCCAUCCGGUUGCAUGGAUGUUCUUUACAUGAAAAGGAAAUAAGAUGAGACAACCCUGAGAGAAUGUUAAAUGUUGUAGUAAUUCCAAUGAUGCAAAUAAAAAUGGAGUACUGUGUAAUAUCAAUUAUAUAACUGCUUUUAUAGUUUAUCAGAAGUGCAAUGUAAUUUGUUCUCUAAGGACCGGUUUUGCAGUUGAGUUUUCCGGUAAUUUUCAAGAUGGAAAUAGCACUUGAAAAACAUGCAAACCGAGCUUGUUGAAGAGGAUGCAAGAAAAUAAGUAUUAGAUGUAAUUGAUUUUUAUUGCAUAAAUUCAUAUUUC